UUGAGAUAUCGACCUGGCAAAGAAGCGGCAGUCCCAGACGCUCUCUCCAGAAGGGAGCAAGAUAUGCCCCAGGAUGCCCAGGAUGAGCGGUUUAUGGGCCGUUGUUUCCAAUUGCUGAAGGCCGCGCAAGGCAGGGCACUUCGCGUCGAGCGCGGUGCGGCCGUAGCGGUCCGAGCCAGUUUUGUCAAGAAUGACGACCAGGACGGAGAAACGAACGACGUGGCAGAUAAGUCAGACCCGCCAGAGAACCCAUUUGCCGAUGUCCCGUUGAGAGACCUCUGGGACCAGGGGCUGGAGGCAAACAACCGAUACUGGCUCAUCCGCAAGAUGGUACUUGAUGGCGAACGUCAGUUCCCAAGCCAGUGGGGGUUGCCAAUCUCGAUCUCAGAAUGCUCUAUCGACGAAUGA